GACGCGGCAGUUCACUUUGCCGGCAGCAGACAUGUCACGACUCAUCUGUUUCUUGUUUUGAAAAGAAGUCCACGUAUCUUGCUAACAAAAACAAAUUUUCGCCCUUCCGAAUUCUGCCUUUCGAUCUCGGAAUGGCCAAUAUCAGAGAAAAACAAUUAGCCACUUUGAGGCAAAUGCUGAACCUCAACCUGCCCAUGUCCAAAUCGACGGUGAACGAGCCGACGUGGAAGGUUUUGAUUUACGACAGGUUCGGCCAGGACAUUAUUUCGCCGCUCAUUUCUGUCAGAGAGUUGAGAGAACUCGGUGUCACUCUGCACGUGCAACUGCAUUCGGACCGAGACCCCAUUCCUGACGUCCCAGCUGUGUACUUUUGCAUGCCCUCCGAAGAGAACCUUGGUCGGAUUGGUCAAGAUUUGCAGAACGGACUGUACGAUUCUUAUCACCUGAAUUUCAUCUCCCCAAUUUCUCGGCAAAGGCUGGAAGAUCUCGCCGCCGCCGCCCUGCACUCGAACUGCGUUUCUAGUGUUCAGAAAGUUUUUGACCAGUAUCUAAACUUCAUCUCCCUUGAGGAGGACCUGUUCAUUUUGAAGCACCAAAACAGUGAUGCCAUUUCCUAUUACUCAAUCAACAAGGGAGACAUGAAGGACUCGGAUAUGGAGGCCAUCAUGGACAACAUUGUGGACAGUUUGUUCUGCGUGUUCGCCACUUUAGGGGCAGUGCCUAUCAUCAGAAGUCCGAGGGGAAAUGCAGCCGAGAUGGUUGCCGAAAAACUGGACAAAAAGCUGAGGGAAAAUUUGCGCGACACGAGAAACAACUUGUUCAUGAUGGAGGCUGGACAGGCGUCUCAUUACAGCUACCAGAGGCCGUUGUUGAUAGUAUUGGACAGAAAUGUGGACAUGGCUACUCCCCUGCACCACACCUGGACGUACCAAGCCCUUGCCCAUGAUGUUCUGGACCUUUCGUUGAACAGAGUGGUGGUCGAGGAAAACGCAGGCAGAUCUCCCAGUGGAGGAACAAAAGUCAAAACCAGAGCUUGCGAUCUGGACGCCAGCGACAAAUUUUGGAUAAGUCACAAGGGCAGCCCUUUUCUGACUGUGGUCGAAGCGAUUCAGGAGGAGCUAGAAGAGUACAAGUCGUCCGAAGAAGAGGUCAAGAAGCUGAAAGCUUCAAUGGGUCUGGAUAACGACAGUGAUGCUGCAAUCAUGAUGUCUGACAACACAGCAAGGCUGACAAGUGCUGUCAAUACUUUGCCGCAGUUACUCGAAAAGAAACGACUCAUUGACAUGCACACAACCAUUGCAACAGCCAUUCUCAAUCACAUUAAGAGCAGAAAGCUGGACUCGUUCUUCGAAGUGGAGGAAAAGGUUAUGGGGAAAGUCACUCUGGACAAAGGGCUCAUGGAGAUUAUUACGGACAAUGAUUCCAGCACUCCCGAGGACAAAAUGAGACUGUUUAUUAUUUACUACAUUUGUUCUCAAACUAUGUCGGAGGUUGAGUUGGAUCGGUUUUCUGCAGCUCUGCAGAAUGCUGGCUGUGAUUUGUCUCCUCUGACUUACAUUCGACGCUGGAAACAAUACACAAAAAUGACCAGCAGCACAUCUAGCCAGUAUUUGGGCAGUGGAACCAAAACCGUCAGCAUGUUCUCGAAACUCGUCUCUCAAGGCUCAGCUUUCGUAAUGGAAGGAGUAAAAAAUUUGGUUGUUAAAAAGCAUAAUUUGCCAGUCACACGGAUUGUCGACGAGCUGAUGGAGCUUAAAAGUUCUCCAGAAACCGAAGACUACCGACAUUUUGACCCGAAACAGCUUAGACAAGUGGAUGGAUCGCAACCCCCUAAAAACCGAGCUCCCUUCCACGACGCAAUCGUUUUUGUCGUCGGUGGUGGAAAUUACAUAGAGUACCAAAAUUUGGUCGAUUACGCCAAGAGCAAAGGAGUGCAGGGGAGCAAGAGGGUAAUUUAUGGCUCCACGUCCCUCAACAAUGCCAAACAAUUCCUCAAACAGCUUUCUCUCCUAGGACAAGAGAUCCACUGAUUACCAGCACAUUGUUCAUUCCGAUUAUAAGUCACCAAAAUCUUCAGCUUUAUUGUCAUUUGUCCACCUGCCACUUCUGCAUUGUGGCCGAUUAUAUUCUGUUAUUCUAAUGAUAGGCUUCUUAAAAUAAAUAAUAUAUACAAAUUUAAAUGUCAAAGUUUAUAAUGUUCAUUAG